AUCAAUAUCUUGAGAACAUGGGUAGAUUUGCUUAGUGAAAUACGAAUCGUUAUGUUUAUAUUCAACAAAUAAUGAAACUUGAAAAUGGAUUUGAAAUGAAAAUAAAGCAAGUGUUUCUGGUAUUAUAAGAAUUUAAUGAGAUGGAUACACGAAUACUGCUUCUGUGGAUAAUAGUAUACCUAUGCCUUUUUGUAAGCAGCAUACAUUCAAAAAGUUUUUUCAUCCAUUCUUCGGUGGUCAAUGGAAAAAAGAAAAUUGUUGCCACUGAAGUGAACUCGACGGCAUCCUCAUUUGGAAAUACCCGCCCUAAAACUGCAGCUGAACCGAAGUCUGAAAAGUUCGAGAUUCCACUAUCGUCUGUUGACCAAGAAUGGCUCGGAUCUCUGUUGUACCAUCCUAAUGAAAGUGAUAUUCGAUUAAGAAAGGAGUACAGACAAUUAUCUGAAAAGGAAAGAGAAGAUUUAAAUGUAGCAUUUAAUCUGUUAAAGAACGACACGUCAGUUAGCUUGAACAAAUAUGACCUGCUGGCUAAUAUCCAUGCUCGAUCGUCUGCUAAUGCUAAUGCACAUCAGGGACCAAAUUUUAUGGGCUGGCACAGAGUUUUUCUACUGAUGAUGGAGAAUGCUUUGAGACAGAAAGUAAAGACUGUUACAAUACCAUACUGGGAUGUAACAUUGGACGAAGCCAUGGACAAACCAUACAGUUCUAUUAUCUGGUCACCUGACUUUAUAGGAAGUGGUGAUGGGGUCAUCAAAAAGGGGGCUUUUGGUCAUUGGCAAACACAAUUUGGGUAUGGCUACCUCAUGCGUUUUUUAAGUGGACAAGGGAAAUUAAUGUCAAAAGAAAAUAUAGAGGAUAUUUUAUCAAAGAGCAGAUUAGGGGAGAUAACAAAUCCUGCAGCAGAGAAGAAAUUCAACAUUGAAGAAAUACACAAUGACGUUCAUGUAUGGAUCGGUGGGCAGAUGAAAACAAUAGAAAUAGCUGCUUUUGAUCCAAUAUUUUAUCCGCUUCACUCUUUCACGGACUGUAUAUGGACAGAGUUCAGGGAACAACAGAAGGCAAAAGGAAUAGAUCCAACUUCUGAUUAUCCUGAAUUCUAUGGAGGACCAACACACUCACCAUUUGCUCCCAUGUCUUUAGGAAGUGUUAUGGUUAUUGAUGGAAUAAGUGACAUUUGGAAUCAAUAUGUUUAUUAUACACCUAGGCCCUCCUGUAAUGAAACUUACAAUGGAUGUGAUUCAUCAUACAUUAAAUGUGAUAUUUCUAAACGAAAAUGCAUAUCUAAAAGUAGAAAUGAAGUUGAACUUGAAAAUCAGUCAUUAAAAAUGAUAAAUGAUGAUAAAGUGCCAACUGAUCUUGUGAAAUCAGGAUUUGAAAAUAAUGCAAGUUUAAGCAAAGAAACAGACUCUGAAAUGUUGUACAUUUCGAAUAGACAGCUUAUCAAAAGAUCAGCCAUUGUCAAUUACAGACAGUUUGAUAAACUGAGUGAAAACUCAAUAGCAGCUCAGAAAGUUGUGAGAAUUACAACAAUUUCAGAUGUUUAUCAGUUCUAUUCAUACUUAACAGAUUCUCAUACAGAUUUGAUUAACUUGUUGUUAUUCUUAAUUUAUUUGAAUCAAUUUCACUUUAAACCAGAACACUAUUGAAUUCAUUAAAAAUAAAAAGAGUUUUCCAGUA